GCCGGACCCUGGUCACCUACCUCUCCGGUGGCUGGCGCAUGAAGCUCGCGCUCGCGCGCGCCAUGUGCCUCAACGCGGACAUUCUCCUUAUGGACGAGCCCACCAACCACCUCGACGUGAUGAACGUGAAGUGGGUCGAAGAAUACCUCCUCGGGCUCAAGGAUGUGACCUGCGUGAUGGUGUCCCACGACACUGGCUUGCUCGACCGCGUGUGCAACAAUAUCAUCGCCAUCGAGAACCUCAAGCUCAAGCAGUUCAAGGGUAACCUCACCCAGUACGUCGAGAAGAACCCCAAGGCGAAGUCGUUCUUCGAGCUGAAGUCCUCCACCGGGUUCGUCAUGAAGUUCCCCCAGCCGGGCUUCAUCGAGGGCGUCAAGUCAAAGGGUAAGCCCCUCAUGAAGAUGGCAAACUGCACCUACACCUACCCCGUCAACUCGGUGCCGACGGUGAAGAACGUGACCGUUCAGGUGUCGCUCGCAUCGCGCGUCGCGUGCGUCGGACCCAACGGUGUCGGCAAGUCCACCAUGAUCAAGCUCCUCACCGGAGAGGUCGUCCCCCAGGAGGGUACCGUGUGGAAGCACCCCAACGCGCGCGUCGCUUACGUUGCGCAGCACGCCUUCCACCACAUCGAACAGCACCUCGAGAAGACCCCCAACGAGUACAUCCGCUGGCGCUUCCAGCACGGCGACGACAAGGAGGCUCUCGCCAAGGACACCAUGGUGCUCACCGAUGAGGAGAAGGAGAAGGUCAAGGAGCCCGUCACCUUUGAGAUUGAGGACGAGAAGGGCAACAAGACCAAGGUCAAGUGGCGCAUCGAGAAGCUCACCGGCGGCAGGAAGCAGGUGAAGAAGGAGGUUGAGUACGAGGUUCAGUUCGUGGGCAUGUCCUACAACUCCAACAGGUACGUCUCUGCCUCCAAGCUCGCAAAGUGGGGCUUCAGCAAGCACAUGCUCGUCGUUGACGAGAAGGUUGCACAGCGCGCCGGCGCCUUCUCCACCCCGCUCACCACCGCUAACGUGGAGAAGCACCUCGAGGACGUUGGCCUCGACAAGGAGUUCGGCACUCACACCCGCAUGUCCGCCCUCUCCGGCGGCCAGAAGGUGAAGGUUGUCAUCGCCGCCGCCAUGUGGGCCCUGCCCCACAUCGUCAUUCUCGACGAGCCCACCAACUACCUCGAUCGCGACUCCCUUGGCGCCCUCGCCGGCGCCAUCCGCACGUACGAGGGCGGCGUGGUGAUGAUCACUCACAACAACGAGUUCUGCUCCGCGCUCUGCCCCGAGACGUGGCUCAUGCAGAAGGAUCCCGCCGACGGCAUCGCGCAGUGCAACUGCAAGGGUGACGCCGAGUGGAUGGCCAAGGCUGCCAAGGAGAGCGUCCAAGCCGCCGUGCAGCUCGACGAGAUCACCGACGCCCUCGGCAACGUGGUCAAGAUUGAGAAGGAGAAGAAGUCCAAGGACAAGAUGUCCAGGAAGGAGAAGAAGCAGGCUGAGAAGAUCAGGAAGGCCAAGAUCGCCCGCGGCGAGGCGGUCUCCUCGGACGACGAGGACUGGGAUUAAGCGAAUCUGCUCAACCCUCGACUCGACACUUUCUUGCAUCCUUGGGAGGCACUCUGCUUAGGGGCGAUGGAUUAGCCGCCCAAACGAUUCUUAAGUGUUGGCGUGUGUAGUAGACGACUUUGACGGUGUCGAAGUGCAGUGUCUGUACUAGAUUGCUCUGUGGUGUUGGCCGCCUGUUUUGUAACCAACGGCUUACCCCAUUGUACUGUUUAAUGGAUCACAGGUAACUUUC